CGACUGCAGUAGGUCAACUGUGGGAAACCACAUUGUCCUAAAGACGAUUUAAGCUGCAAGUCCUUCUCGUAUUUAGUCUUAUCAUAAUGGAGAUUCCAGUAUUUACCGUAGAUGCAUUUUCUAAUCUACCGUUUAGGGGAAAUCCCGCCGCAAUUUGUCCACUUAUGCAUGAACUGACAGAUGACUUGUAUCAGAAGAUAGCAGCAGAGAUGAACCUGUCAGAAACAGUUUUCAUCACCAGCAUCAACCCGUCUGACAAUUUUACCACAGGAUCAAGGUUCCGACUGCGAUGGUUCACACCAACGACUGAAGUGAAUCUGUGCGGUCAUGCAACUCUGGCCUCUGCAGCAGUGCUGUUCAAACAUAAGGAGAAUGUGAAUCCCAAACUGGUGUUUGAGACGAGAAGUGGAGAUCUGGCUGUCACGCAGCGGGGCGAAGGGUACGUCAUGGACUUUCCUCUCAACCCACCAACAAAGCAGGAUGCCAAUGAGUUCAAAGACAUCUUAAAGACUGCAGUUGGAAACCACCCAAUCCAGGAUGUUUAUCUGUGCCCCAUCACUAAGAAACUGUUGGUUCGACUGUCUGACAGCUGCGAAAGGUCAGUGCUCACCAGUCUGAAAGUGGACGCUGCUGCUCUUCAGAGAAGUGAGACGAGUGGAAGAGUCAAAGGACUAAUCGUCACCAUGAAAGGAUCCCCAGACUGCCAGCCAGGAUACGACUUCUACUCCAGAUACUUUGCUCCAUGGAUGGGCAUCGCUGAGGAUCCUGUCACUGGUUCUGCCCACACAGUGCUGGGUAGUUACUGGUCUAAGGAACUAGGAAAGAAAAAAAUGCUGGCUUACCAGUGCUCCAGUCGAGGCGGGGAGCUGGAACUAGAAGUGAGAGACGACGGAAGAAUCAACAUCGCUGGACAGGCCGUCACUGUGCUGCAGGGAACAAUCACACUAUAGCCACAUGCAGGCUAAUGAGAGCAUUAUGUGCCUGCUCAGAGAAGCAGACGCAUGCUUUGUACAAUGUUAUCAAAAGUAACAAGACAUGGUUUAAAUAAAAAGCAAUGCAAAUUUG